AUGUCCGAUAUCUCGAUACUUCUGGUGACAGGAUCAUUCGUGCCGCCCAGCGUAUAUGAUACGGUCGUGGACGCAGUUCAAGCCAAAGGCCUUCAAGUGCGAGCCUUGCAUUCGCCCACUGUUGGUUUGGCACCACGACAGGGCAGAGAAGGCGCGGCUCCUACCAUGUAUGACGAUGCUGCCUUCAUCGGGGAGGAAAUCGAUAAACUCGCAGAUCAAGGAAAGCGUGUGAUAUUGAUAGCGCACUCUUAUGGUGGAAUACCCGCGACUCAGAGCGUUCGAGGGCGGAGCCUCACAGACCGUAGACAGCAGGGCAAGAGGGGCGGGAUUGCCCGACUUGCAUAUAUGACUGCCCUUGUUCCGGAAAUCGGUCAUUCGGCUAUCGAUGUAUUGGCAGAUGUGCCUCCAGAGGGCCAAACACAGAUGGAAACUGAUGUACGCGAACCUUUUGAUACUGGUGGCUGCCUUGCGCACCUUACAGGUCUUACUAGCGUCUGA